GUCACUAAAUAAUUCAUUUAUCCCUUUAUAGCUUGUCUUUGCUUCAGUUCUUUACAUAAUACGUCUAUUACGUUUUACUGCUAGUGAUACUGUUUCCCUAUUCAGUUUGUAACCUUGAAAGUGACACAACUGUCAUGUAUUUACACUGUGGUGAGUUCAUUUUUAUUAUCUGCCUGAGCCAGUACCCCCCCCCCCCCCCCACCCGCCAAAAAAACUGCUUUGGAGGCACCUGAGUUGCAUGUCAGCUCACUCAGUAAAUCAAUCCUUCAUUCUGAAUUCCCCCCGGAUGCAUGACAGCAUGUGUCCUGCCAUGUGGCACGAGAGAUCCCGAGAUGCAGCAUUUAAUCUGUCUAAUCCAGAGCAAGAGCUUUAAUAGCACUGCUCCUGUUCAAAGAUGUGUGACUGUGCUCUUUAGUGCAUUCAGACGUUCUAAUUAUCCACCAUCGGCCUGACGGAUCCCCAAGCUGAUACUGGGCUACUUUGUGUCCCUUGGAGAGACAGCUAGAAGAGAGAGUAUGGGAAGGAGGUAUUUAUAGAGAAAUGGGGCCUCACUUUACCCUUUUUGGAGAGCGAAUCAUUAAGGAUCUGUGCUAGGUGUCCCAGUUUCUUGAUUUGAGCUCUGCAGGCAGGACUAGCAAGACUUGCCAGAGAUGCAGAGUCAACCCGUCGACAACAUCACUCCGGCACUCGAUGCAGUGUCACCCUUUUUUUAAGUGGUAGUGCUCUGUAUGCCACAUGACGAUGGGUGGCAUUCGAAAGGCGUUUCCCCUGAAGUAUGGUGCGGUGCAGUAAGAGGAUCUUGUACAACUUGGAGGACGUGGAACAGCCGUUUUGCUCUCCGAAUUUUUGAUACCUGUUGAAUUACGACAAAAUGAAGAAAUUCCUUCAGAAUAAGAAAGGGAGAUGCUCCUUACGGCAGAACAAGCCGGGUCCUCGAUAUCCGCCCAAAGAUUUUUGUAAGUGAUUAGUGUUCAAGAAUUUUGUGUUUGAAGGAUAAUAAUGAUGUUUAGGUGUGCAUGGAGGCUAAUGUUUUAAUGAAUGACCUUCUAUCAUGGACCAGCCCACAAACAAUAUUUUACCAGUCAUUUAAUUGGGAAUGUUGAUGCGUGAACGUUUCUUAGUGUUCUGGUUUCACUAGUAAGUACAUGCUAUGUUACAUGACUCUCAUGUUGCUGAUGCUGUUUUCAGAAACAUCUAAACUCUGAUAUCAGAGGAUUUGGGAGCCUCUGUUCCUUUUUCAAUGAGGUCAAUGUUACUGGGAGGUCUAAUGUGUCAGCCGAGACUCUGUAUUUAGUGAAGGUUAUAUAUUGCUCUCUUUAUGCAAGACUGCAUUGCUUUGUCUUGUCAGCAUAUGCAGAAAUUGACACAGCUUGACAUAUUUCAGCAUUUAGGUGUAUAUAUUGUAGGUGCUUGACAUAUUUUAGUGUCUGUUCAAGCAUGUGUCCGCAGUGAUUCCCAGCAAAUUUCCAUUUUCUCUGGAGACUUGGUCAUUUUGCUGUGUUCCUCACCAUGCCAACGUCCAACCAGGGCUGGCCAGAGGAGUUUGGCUUUCAGAUAGGGGGGAAUGGGCCCAGCUACAUCCUGACUGUGGAGGAUGGAAGCAGUGCUCAUCUGUCUGGACUGCAACCUGGAGACCAGGUCUUGGAGAUUGAGGGGCAGAAUGUUUCCAGUCUUAGUGCUCAAGAGGUCAUUGCCCUUGCCCAAUCACAACGAAACAUCCCGCCCAGUAUUGGAGUAGUUUCACGCAUCCAGCAGAUGGAUAUCAUUCCAGGCCCCGAUGGUCGCUUUGGUUUCAGUAUCGUGGGAGACUGCCCACUGCUGGUGGAGGAUUGCUCCACCUGCUCCCCAGCGGGUCGUAGUGGUCUCAGAGCCGGAGAUUAUGUCAUGGAGGUGAAUGGGAUUCCAGUGAAGCACCAUGAGAUGGCAGCCGCUUUGAUAAAGGCCUCUCAGGGCCGCACGCUGCGUCUUGGGGUGCUGUGCAUGGGCAGUCGUCAGAAACGCAGCAGCGGGAGUCUAGAGGACUCUCAGAAAGACAUGGAUGGUGUGCGUCAAGACCGCAAACACAAGGCGGUGGAGUUCAAUAGGAAGGUUGAGGAGAUUUUGAGGAAUGAACCAGAGGUGAAAGAGAAACUGUUUGCUGUACUGAAACAGUUUGCUGCAGAGAGGAAGGUGGACUGGCUUGCUUCUGCUCUUCCUGACAUCUUGACAACUGAAGAGCAGCAACAGCUCAUCUCAAACAUCAGGAUCUUCAUUCCCAAGAAGCAUCGGCAGCGCUUUGACGAGGCCGUUUCUCAGAGUCUCCUCAACCGCAUGUGCCGUAGCAAGAGCCUGGGUGAGCCCCGAAACAGGCUGCGUCGAAGCCGAAGUCAAGACCACCACGAGCGUCCUCAAGGCUCGAAGCGGGCCAGUUCUGUGCCCAGAGAUACAGGGGAUGACGCGGCUCAACCUGAGCGUGCCCUUAGGAAGAGCACCACCAUGAUUCCCAGCCACUAUGUCACUGGAGCCAACCAGAGAACCAUCCGUGUGUACAGAGGUAAGAAGAGUUUUGGGUUUACUCUGAGAGGUCAUGCUCCAGUGUGGAUCGACUCAGUAAUGCCAGGCAGCCCAGCCGAAGCAUGUGGACUUAAACCAGGAGACCGCAUAUUGUUCCUCAAUGGCCUAGACAUGAGGAACUGCUCCCAUGAGAAGAUGGUGUCUAUGCUGCAGGGCAGUGGUGCCAUGCCCUCUCUAGUCGUGGAAGAGGGCCCUGUAGACUAUCCGCUCUCAGAUUCAGAGCCAGAGGAGACCCCCACCCUGCCCCGCUCACGUUCCCCGGCCCUCAGCUCCCUGCAGUGGGUAGCUGAGAUCCUUCCUCCCAGCAUCCGUGUGCACGGCCGUACCUUCAGCCAGCAACUUGAACACCUCCUUACCCUACAAGAAAGAUAUACUAUUUGCAAAGCUCUGGAGAUCUUCUUCCAAAACAGGAAUGUGGACACACUGAUCGUAGAUGUGUUUCCAGUGCUGGACACUCCAGCCAAGCACCUGAUUUGGCAGUUCAUUUACCAGCUGCUGACCUACGAGGAACAGGAACACUGCAAGAGCAAGAUCGCCCGCUUCCUGGGCUUCAAGAGCGCAGAACCAGAGAUAGGUCCAGAGACCCACAGAAGGAGCAGCUCUAUGCGAGUGUCGGGUACCUCUCACAAAAACACUGUGAGAGAGAGAAGCUCAGACGACUGUAUCAUCGGCACUCACCUGGGAAUGGGAACAUUCACUGACCCUGUGACUCCAGAGGAAAGACAGUGUGGGGAUGGGACUUCCUUCCCAGAAUCCCCAGAUCUCAGCCACAUGUCAGGAGUGUACACGGAGCUUGAGAACAUGUAUCCCGGGAAGAGCCAGAGUCACUCCUCACCCAGGGCUGCUGGCAUGGGCCACGCUGAGAACAAUACAUACACUCAGUGUUUCACACACAGUAACACAGGGAACCGUAAGUCAGGCCUCUCUCUUUCAUGGACUGACUCCCUUCCUGGCCCUCAGUUUGAGCCUUACCAGCAGACUAUUCCUUCUCCAGACAGUGUGGACUCUAAUCCUUAUGUUAGUUUAGACAGCCCCCCAGCAUCCCCCAUGCCUUCUGAUGAGCCCAGUCCUCUGCCCCAGCGCAGGAAGCUGUUUACCUUCUCACGGCCCCCUCGCAGCCGAGACACUGACAAGUUCCUGGAUGCUCUGAGCGAGCAGUUGGGCCACAGGGUCAAUAUCGUGGAUGACUUUAAGGGAGGGGAGAAUGACUAUGAGGAGAUGAGUUUCCAGGAUGAGCAGGAAGUGAACAUGCUGCCUCAUGAGUUAAGCAGUGCCAGCAGUGAAGAGCACAGCAGCAGCGAUGACUCCACCUCAGUCUCCAUCUCCUCAGAGUCUGACCACAUCCCCCCUCCCCCUCAGAGUCCUCCGCCCCCGCCACCGCCCAUCCAGUUCACUGACCCACCCUCGGCCCUUCCCCUCACCCCAGAGCACUUGCCUCAACCUCCCCUAGCCUUCCAGCACCACCCCAUCAUAGCUCCACCCCCACCUCCACCUCGGUCCUUCCUUAUUAAUCGCCCCUCGUUGCACAAGGUGCUGCCCAGCAGUGAGGAGCUCAGGUCCCGGUACACCCAUCCUCGACACUCCUCUCCCCAGCCCAGCGCUCAGUCUGUUCUUCAGCUGCACCAACCGAAGGCUCACCCCAUCCUUCAGUCAUCCCCACACACCUCCCCUCAACCCCCACACACUACCACACAGCACACUCAGCUGCGGCAUCCCACCCAGUCAGUCUACCAGAGCAGGCAGACCUCUGCUUCCAGAACCUCCCCUAACCUGACCAAACAAAAGAGCCUCCACUCCCAAUCUUCCCAACAAAGCUAUGAAGGCACGCUCUCAACCAAGGUUCCCCCACCACCACCACCUCCUUUACCCCCACCUUGUGAUCCUCCACCUUUGCCCAAAGCCAACUUGAAAGCCUCUGACAACAACCACAUGAGCGUUAAAAGACUGCGCUGGGAGCAGGUGGAGAACUCUGAAGGAACCAUCUGGGGACAGCUUGGAGAUGAUCCUGAUUAUCAUAAACUCAGUGACAUGGUCAAGUACCUGGAUCUGGAUUUGUACUUCGGCACACAGAGGAAUUCCAUCUCUCUUCCAGAGCCCACUUUCCUGCCCGAGAACUUUAAAAAGAAAGACGUGGUUGAGAUUCUCUCCCAUAAAAAGGCCUACAACGCUUCUAUCCUCAUAGCGCAUCUGAAGCUGUCCCCGAAGGAACUGCGAGAAAUCCUCAUGACCAUGAGCACCGAGCGUCUGGAACCCGCACACAUUAAACAACUGUUGCUUUACGCUCCCGACGACGAGGAGGUCAAACAGUUUCAGCAUUAUGACCAGGACCCUGCCAAGCUCAGCGAGCCCGACAAGUUUGUCCUACAGAUGCUACUAGUUCCUGAGUAUAAAACCAGAUUGAGGAGUCUUCUUUUUAAGACCACCGUCCAGGAGAAAACCGAAGAAAUGAGAGGCGCAUAUGAAUGCAUAUACAAAGCUUCAUUAGAGCUUAAAAACAGCAAGAGGUUGGCCAAGAUCCUGGAGUUUGUUUUAGCAAUGGGAAAUUAUCUGAAUAAUGGUCAACCCAAGACGAAUAAAACAACAGGAUUCAAAAUCAAUUUUCUUACUGAGCUUAACACAACAAAAACUGUUGAUGGAAAGUCGACUUUCCUCCAUAUUCUUGCCAAAUCAUUAUGCCAACACUUCCCAGAACUCCUCAACUUCGCCAGGGACCUCGGAACAGUGCCACUAGCUGCCAAAGUCAAUCAAAGGACAAUCACUGCUGAGCUCAGUGACCUUCACUCCACCAUCCAGGAUAUAAGAAGCGCCUGUGAGAAAAUCCCAGCUACUACAGAGGAUCGCUUCGCAUCGGUUAUGAGUAGCUUUCUGGAAAACUGUCAUCCAGCGGUGCAGUCCCUAGACUCCUUGCAGCAAAGAGCAAUGGAUGAGUUUCAUAAAGUGGCCUCCUAUUUCGGAGAAGACAGUAAAGCCACGACCACAGAAACCUUUUUUGGCAUCUUUGCGGAAUUUAUCUCCAAAUUUGAGAGAGCACUGAGUGAGACACAAGGAACAGAAAACCCCAGAAGCCCCCGGAUAGCCUCGCCGCUGGCUUGGUGAAACCAACAGCAUCUGCUGUUUCUUACCCAGAACGCCCAUGUGGCAAUAAAAACAGGGAACUUGAUAGCGUGAGAGGAAACAACCUUACUUUAAAUGUCUUAGAUGAAUUCAAAAUAUCUUUAGAAUAAAAAAAGAUAUAUAUUUUAUACUGAACUUCGGCGUGUUUAUCGAGAAAUUAUAUUAAUAUAGCCUAAUUAAUCAUUUUGUUUUGAGAUUUCCAGCUGCUAGAGAAUGUAACAGGAACAUGAACACUUCAGGUGGAGAGGACUGAUGGUAUUUUUGAUGGUAUAGUUUGGAAACCGAGGUGAAUGAAUGUUUUCAUGAUGAACUUACUCAUCCUCAUGCCAAAUGUGUUUUAACACCACACAAAAAAAGGUUUCAAAUGAGUUUUCAAUCCUUCACAGUAUUAGUGUUUUAUUGUUGUACUCCGUUGUGAUACGCCGAUACUAUAGCAGAACAAGAGUGCACCCUUCAUAAGUGAGGACAAAACUAUUUUCCAAAUUAAUGAUCAUUUGUAUUUUAUUGCAAUAUUAGUCGUAUAACUGAUCGGUGGUUUCACCCCGCAUGAGAAUCUGUGGUAGGUUUUACAUCAUGAAAUUGGUUUUCAACUAUGAAAAGAAAACGCAAAAGCUUCACAUUAUUCAACGGCAGAAGGGUGCACAUAUCAUCCGUGUUCUUUUAAAAUGAGUAUGUAGCUCGUCUGACUAGUUACUAUUGUUAAAGAUAACAAUAAUGCAUUUCUUCUUGACGUCUUCUGUUCUUGAACAAAUGCAUGAUCUUCCUUAUUGCCUGUUCUUGUUAUGUAUGUGUAUUUUUCUUAGUUCCUUGUCAGAACCUCCAUUCUUUCUCUAAAUUGUUCGGAGGAAAAAACCUACAAUUUGCAUUUGCAUGUAGCAGAGUUUUUCUUUUUACGUAAUGUAUUCCUGUUUUGAUUGUUUCUGUAUCGAUUUGUUAUAUUGAAUUUGAUUUACCAAAUGAGUUGUAAAUUAAUUUGUGUUCAAACUGUUGGCGUGACUAGCCUAGUGUUUUCCUGAGCAGUUCUAUAUCGGCUGCAAUAUCGACAGGCCACAUUUUGCUGCGUUUUAAUCAGAUGUCUAAAUUGUUUUGCCUGAAUAAAUACACUUCUGUGGAAUUCAACU